UGAACUAUACUUCUCUUUUUUUUUUUUUUCUCAUAGGUUUUUGAUGACUGUGCCAAAAUUGGGAAUAUGUGCUUGAGUUUCUUUUCCCUUGUUCUAAAAAGUCAGCUGAAAGAUAGCCAGAAAGGUGGAAAGAGUGGAUUGUUUUGGAGUUUGGACAAAUAGUCUUUAGAACGAGUUCUUCUGGACUAGGUGACUUCAUCUCCUUGCUCACUUUUGGGUUGUAUGCAACUGUUUCAGCUGAGAUGCUCCAAGUCCCUUGUAGCUCUCUGUGGAAGGAAAUCAGGAGUGCUCUGCUCAUGCCGUAAGAACAGCCUUGUUCUUAACGAGUUGGUGCUGUGACGCAGAAAGAAUUGCACGCGGGCUCCAGGAGUUUCUUGUUUUCAAUUGAGUACUUAGUUCUCUGUGGAUGGAGAAAGAGUUGAGUCUUAAUUGCCCUGUUUCAGGGUGUUCUGUGUAGUCUGAACUGGGCCUUUUCCCAAUGAGCUACACAGCCAGUCCUUGUCAGGAGCUGGUUGAAAACUGUGCAGUGCAUGCAGAAGGAAUGGCACAGGAAGAGAGCCAUCGAAGUCAGGCACCACCCACCUUCUACCAUGGUGCCAGCCAGGAGCUUGACCUGUCCACCAAAGUGUAUAAAAGGGAGUCUGGAAGCCCUUACUCUGUGCUAGUGGACAGCAAGAUGAGCAAACCACAUCUCCACGAGACCGAAGAACAGCCAUAUUUCAGGGAGCCAAGAGCAGUGUCUGAAGUGCACACUGUCAAGGAAGACCGGGAGAAUUCUGAUGACACGGAAGAGGAGGAGGAAGUCUCUUACAAAAGGGAGCAGAUCAUAGUGGAGGUAAACCUUAAUAAUCAAACGUUAAAUGUGUCUAAAGGGGAAAAGGGUGUCUCUUCUCAGUCCAAAGAGACUCCUGUUCUUAAGACAAGCAGCGAGGAAGAGAGUGAGGAGGAGGAGGCCACAGAUAACAGCAGUGACUACGGAGAGAACGAGCGGCAGAAGAAAAAGGAGAAGCGAGGGGAGAAAGUCAGGGUUGCACAAAGGCGAACCCGGAGAGCUGCCUCUGUUGCCGCAGCUACCACUUCCCCUACCCCCCGAACAACUCGAGGCCGGAGGAAGAGUGCAGAGCUACCCAAGCGGAAGAAGCGGGCUGCCGCGGAGCCUAAAGCGCCAGUGCAGAAAGCUAAGUGCGAAGAGAAAGAGACUCUGACCUGUGAGAAGUGCCCCAGGGUGUUUAACACCCGCUGGUACCUGGAGAAGCACAUGAACGUUACUCACAGGCGCAUGCAGAUCUGUGAUAAGUGUGGCAAGAAGUUUGUCCUGGAAAGUGAGCUGUCCCUUCACCAGCAAACAGACUGUGAAAAAAACAUUCAGUGUGUUUCCUGUAACAAAUCCUUCAAGAAACUCUGGUCCCUUCAUGAACAUAUCAAGAUUGUCCACGGAUAUGCGGAAAAGAAAUUUGCCUGUGAGAUUUGUGAGAAGAAGUUCUAUACCAUGGCUCACGUACGGAAACACAUGGUCGCACACACAAAAGACAUGCCAUUUACAUGUGAAACCUGUGGAAAGUCUUUCAAGCGUAGCAUGUCACUCAAGGUGCACUCGUUGCAGCAUUCUGGAGAGAAACCCUUCAGAUGUGAGAACUGCGAUGAGAGGUUCCAGUACAAGUACCAGCUCCGCUCCCACAUGAGCAUCCACAUCGGGCACAAGCAGUUCAUGUGCCAGUGGUGUGGCAAGGACUUCAACAUGAAGCAGUACUUCGACGAGCACAUGAAGACGCACACUGGAGAGAAACCUUUUAUCUGUGAAAUCUGUGGCAAAAGCUUCACCAGCCGACCCAACAUGAAGAGGCACCGCAGAACUCACACAGGCGAGAAGCCCUAUCCCUGCGAUGUGUGCGGCCAGCGGUUCCGCUUUUCCAACAUGCUGAAGGCCCACAAGGAGAAGUGCUUCCGAGUGACCAGCCCAGUGAAUGUGCCGCCAGCUGUCCAGAUCCCGCUGGCCUCAGCUCCAGCUGCCCCUGCCCCACCUGUGGCCAACACUCCCACGAGCCCAGCCCCUGCAGUCAGUAUGAACCCGGUAGGUGGCGCGCUUCCCUCAAGGCCGGUCCCGCACCCUUUCUCGCACCUGCACAUCCACGCGCAUCCGCACCACGCGCACCACCUCCCCAUCCCACCCGUGCCUCACCUGCCCCCGCCUCCAGCCCUCUUCAAGAGUGAGCCCCUAAACCACAGAGGCCAGAGUGAGGACACCUUCCUCAGGCACCUGGUAGAGAAGAACAGUGCGGCCCAGGCCCAGCAUCAUUAGCCAGCUGGAGUGUCAUCCCCACCCUGAGUUGGCGGAAGGGAUGCAGCCAUGCCUCUCUUGGGUCUCCCUGUCUCCAUGGCAUCCUUCAGGGCCUUCGCCAUUGUCCUGGAGAACCAUCAGACUGACCCGAGGGAGUGAACAAGACUGCCCUCAAAACCAGGGGAACCACCGAACUAAAGCCCAAUUUGCUUGCAUUUUCUGAUGACUUUUAUAAAUUUCAAAUACUGAGACUGUGGGAUUUUAUAAUUUCAUAUCAGCAGAUGAGGUAUGCUUGCUUUUAUAUCCAGGUCUUCUCCUCAAAGAGGGGACAGACCUGGUUUCCUUUAUACUAAUCGGGAAGGCUGUGAGAUUAAUCCAGAGCAUUAACUGUAUCACUGUGUAUUGUAAUGAAUUCUUUUCAGCUUCUGGUGCUGGCUGCAGAGUCACGCUGGCCACGUUUCACACAAUAUCAAGCAUUAUAGAGAAGAUGGGAAUUUUCUUCUUUGUGUAGCUCUUUUAACACACUUUAUUUUACUACAGAAAUUAUUUUAGAGUUUUUGUAUAGACUUUAGUAGUCUGUUUCUAAAAUGAAAUUAUUUCAAUAAGCUGUGUAAUUUUUUCAGUGUAGCUAAACCCAUGUUGUAAAAUAGAUAAAUUUUUAUAAUCAUCAAAAUGUGAUUCUUAAAGAUGCAUAUAAUAACUUCUAUUUCAAAUUUAUUCUUACAUCUGUACAACUCAAAGGUGCUUCUGAGACUGGAUGUAUCUGAAAGGGCCUUCAGACCAGGUCACUGCAAUAGCCAGGCUCAGUACGGGCUCAGUACUCCGAGCUGAAAGUCUUUGCUGGACGUUCAGUCCUUCAGGCUCACGGACACACUCCGACCUGGGUGUCCCUUUGAGCUCCUGUGGAUGCAGUGGGGCGGGUGCUGGAAUGGAGUCGCCCCAAGCUUGCCUGGUUUGAAAAUCUGAGUGACACUGAGAAUACUUUCUUCAGAAGGAAGUGGCAGAGGCUGUUCCCUUUUGACCACAUCUGUUCUCGCUUAGGAACUGUGUCGUGCUCAGCUGUUAGGGGAAGAUGGAUUGGAAUCUCUUAACUUUGAGGCUGCUUUGUUUUCCAAGAGUUGUUAGGGGAAACUAACGCGGUGAACUGAAAUCACAAAUGUAAUCGCUGACAGUGGCUGAGAACCAGAUGAGAAGACAUGUUGACGUGCUAGGUUUUAAGAUGUCUGCAGUCUCUAAAGUGUGGGUGUCCACAACUGAUCCGUAUCUUCAUUUAAACUGUAGUGAGAGGAAACCCCCAAAUACUGGUGCCUCGUCCCCUGCAGGUGAGCGUGACGCAGCGUCUUAGGUAAGGGGCGAGCAGUGCCCCUGCCGCUCAGCAGCUUCCUCGUUCAAGAUUUGGGGAGCUUCCACAGAGCCCCGGCACCCUGGAACUGGUUAUUCGGAAGGCUGAAGCGCAGGGCUGACGGGGUGGUCUCGGUUAGCUGACAGUUCGCACAGCACAGCUGCAUGCCUUCACUUCUUCAUCUCAGGAUGAGCUCCAGGAGUGGCCGCUUACCCACCACUUCUCCCUCGUGUCUCUUUCCUCAGGCUCUUAACUCAGAACCUUUGCUGGUAUUUAUUUAUCUUUGAUAGUAAAUGUGCAGAUAUGCCUCACGCACUUUUUUCUGGCCCCUUACCUCUGCAGUGGGGACACAUGGACUACAGAUGAAGUCAGGUUCCUGCUUUUAAGUAUCACACGCUACAUUACUUUUUUUGGUUUACUAUUUCUAGAUUUACUCCAGUUUUACCUUUGUCUUUUGUAAAGCAUAGAAAAAAAUUGUGUGCCGUGGCAGAAAAUUAUCUCAGGGCACACCUUUCCUACAGUUUCUAGGUAUAAAGUUUAACGAAUGGUAUUUUUAAUAUUUGCAUACAUUCUCAGAGCCCGCACGUACAAGGUAACGAGGAAGCCAAGUCCUUGUCUGGCUGUCGUGGCCCAGAAGCUUCCCCACCCCCACUGCCCCAGUGGACCUCUACAGGCUCCUUUCAUCCACACUAUCAAAACAGGUAGAAACUGUAGCUUAGUCAAUUGGUUAUCUCAUUUUAUACUGAAGAGUUUUACAGAAUUGGGCAAAGAUUCCGAAUUCUAGGCUCAAGGCUGGUGGAACAGCCAUUCUAUGGAUGUACUAUGAAUACUCACUGAAAAAUUCAGGUAGUCGGUUAGAAUUUUUUUUUUUUUUUAACUCAGAUGACUAUAGCCAUAAGAAACUGUCUUCUACAUAGGAACUCCAGUAGCAAGUCAAUAACCACACCGUCCUUAACAGAAGCAGAAACAAACAAACAAAAAAAAAAUUUGAAAUGAGUUAGCACUGUCACAGUGUAUAAUUCUUACUGAAAUGUGGAACAGUCUAGAAAUGCCACUUUUCCCCCCAGACAAAUAUUUUUCCCUUGGAUUUGUAGAAAACCUGCUCUAAAAAGUGACUCUCGACAGUGUCAUAGGAAAAAUGAGUAUUUGCGUGACGAAGUUCCUAACAAAUGCUUCUGUGUCAGGAGCCACAGGGUGGGGCCUUAUGGGUCAGGUUUAACUCGAUGGAGACUCAGACUCAGGGUUGAGAAUGUGCCUGGGGUCGGCUGCCUGCUCUGUGCUGUCUCCUGUGAGUUAGCUCUGCAGAACCUGGUACGUUCCUGUCACCUGUGUGUGAAAAAAGACCUGUGGGAGAGUUUGAGUCCCGGGCCCUUAUCUACACUGUUGUCUUGUAAAGACACAGGCCACAUCUCAGAAUAAGAUUGUAAAUCAAGGCUUUUCUCAUUAUGUCAUUUUAUACUAUCUUCAAAGACUUUUACUGUUGCAAGGAUUAUUUACUUAUAUGUAAACUAGGCUAGCCAUGAACUCACAGCCUGAGUGCUGGGUCUUAAGGACUAAACUACAACAGCCAGCCCACCCAAGAAUCUUGGUGGUGGUAAUUUUUAGGAGAAAGGGUCUUGAUAAAUACCUACAUUACCUACGCUGGCCUGAACUCCCUAGUGGAAGUUGACCAUGGGUAGCCUUGAAUCCAUGACUCCCCCCACCUCCGCUUCCCAGGUGCUGGGACUAGGGUACCUGCUCUACCCUGCCUGGCUUCCACAAGCUGGUUUUGAGUUGGUGAUGCAUCUUUUGGUUUGGAGGUUGGGUUCUGCACCUUUAGUCCUUUUCACAUAGAUUUAUCAUUUGGAUGCAAACAUUUUUAUCCUAAUGGAAGGCGGCUGCUCUCAAAUGGAGCCAGGUAGGCUCCUAGUGGGUGAGAUUUUAAGACUGAAUGAAAAUGAGAUGAACCAUGUAAAGGCAUGUGGCUUCACUUUCAGUAUAUUCUUAUUUUUAGCAAAUGGGGAGUCUCCACAUAAAAGUUAAAUAAAGUUCAAAGACACGUUUGAAAAUCAUUUCCAGGGACUGUCUCAGUGGCCCUCCGAAUCAGUCCUUGCGCAUGGACCUUUGUGGAGCUGUCCUGCCUGAGAGCCACAUCUGUUGACAUUGUCUUUCUAAGCUGGCCAUCCCCACCCCCUUCCUCUGCUAACCAGAGGCAAAAUCUCGGAAGCUUUGAAUUUGAACUUCUUGAGUUUUUUUUUUUCAGUUUUUAUUAUUGUUGAGUGGCUAUGUGUUUGUUUUCACUUGUAUUUCACUGGAAGAUUUACAGUUUGAGACUAUGAACUAGAGAAAGAAUUCCAUUGCAGGGUGUGUGUGUGUGUGUGUGUGUGUGUGUGUGUGUGUGUGCGCGCGCGCUUGAACACCAGUUUGCAUGUACAUCUAUGUGGAUUUAUUCCCUCUUGUAGAUUUUGGUUAGGAAAACACUACUAUGGUAGGUGAGUUUUUGUGUUUAAAGAGAGAAAAACUAAAACUUGCAUUAAGAGAUCCCCUGUUUCAGCUAAAGGAACCCCUCUGUUGGAGCUACUGUAUGGAAAUACCACUCUUGUUGCUUUGAUCGUCCAUAUGAUACAGAUUUUGAUGUUUUCCAGACUACAGUGGAGCAUGUCAUGAAAAGAGGCUAUGUGAGCGCUAACCAUUUUAUCCACUUAAAAAAAUCAGCCUGGGAGUCCUAAAACUCGAAAGCUGAGCAAAGGAUCACUGGCUUUUAAGGGUUUUUUAUUUCCUUUUGUGUGUGGGGGAGGGGGGUUGGUUUUUCUAGACAGGUUUUCCCUGUGUAGCCUAGGCUGUCCUGGAACUCUGCAGACCAGGCUGGCCUCAAACAGAGAUCUGCCUGCCUCUGCCUCCCGAGUGCUGGGACCACCACUGCCAGGCUGGUUUUUCUUUGCUUCACCGAGUUAGGAAUUUUCUCGAGUUCCCUCCAUUUUUGUUUUCAUUUUCAGGAAGAAAAGGUCAUAAGCCAUUAGAAAUAGUGGCAUUGUUGCAUGGUAACAACCCGGUAGCUAAUCCGCCUUUGUCAUCUGUAGCAUUCGUGAGAAGUAACACGGACCUUCCAACCCUGGAACUACCUCGAUAAAGCAACCCAGAGACCCUCGCUAAACUUUCUAUGGAAGCCAUAAAAGUUGUCAGUGUGCCCACCUUCACAGCUCUAUACUUUUAUACUCGCUAGACUUUUUAUAGACUCAGACCUUUCCACCUUAGAGCGUAGCUUUUGCUAGACGCCAAGGAAACAUUCCUUAAAUGUUCCAGCUUCGGAGCUCUAGCUUCAGUAAAUGCCAUGCCAUUCAAAAAAUUACACAUUUAGAUCAAAAGUGCUUUGCAGACCUACAUGUUCUGAAAACAAACUCCUUUUCCUCACUCCCUGCCCACAGGCCAUGUUGUUAUAAAGUGGGGUCUCUCUGCCCUGGUAACUCAGGGUUCCCGGUUCAUUUGUGCAUAGUGACAGUGUCCCUGUCACUAUGUUGUACAGUUGUCUGCUGUAGCACAGAGGAGUGAGUUGUUAGCCGUUGGUCUGUCCCCUGCUGCCCUUGCAGCUUUAGACUCAAUCACUCUGCUCUCGAGUGCCUUCAAGAAGCCCACGUCCUGGAACCUUCUCCCCCUGGUCUGAAUCCUACCUCUGAUUGUUUCAUUCAGCAGAAUUAUUGGAAUUCACCCUUAGUCAAAGGGCUUAAAUGCAAACUUGCUAAAACCUGGCCGAGGUUUGUGAACACACUUGUCUUUUUGUUGCCCCGUGUCGCUCGCUGCUCAAUUGUGUUUGUAGCUUCUUUCUGUCUUACUCCCCAUCUACCACACCCCUAUACCAGAGCCGUCCUCGUCCUUCGCCUGCUAGUCUUUCGCCACAGGCUGGCUGUCCCUUUAAAACCAGAGGCCACCUGGUGUGUCUCCAGCCAUCUUUUUCUCAUCUGAAGUCUUCCAAAUCUAAUUAAAAGGAUACUGAAUGCUGCUGGUGGGGCACACCCUCUCUUUCAUAAGCGUUUUACAGGGUUCUUCCCGUGACCUUAUCGUAGUCAUAGGAAUAUCAAAGUGCUCUCUGGGUUUAGCAGAAGUCCUUUAUUGAGUUUUGAUCGCCCCUUCCCGUCAGCCACCUGUCCCCUCCUAAAGCCCAGUUUAUUUUCUAGCUGUCCUUUAAAAAGUGUGACUGGUGUCUAAUAUAUGAAAGAUGGAAUAAAAAGGAAGCUGAAGUGUG